CAGAAGCGUAAAAAUGCAAUUCAAUAGGCAAAAAAUAUCGACCAUGUAAUCGUUCGUGUUGUUUUGUUAAAUUUAAUCUUAAUUAUUACGGAGAUUUGCGAAACGUUUCACUAUCAUGGAUAGUGGAUGCUUCCUCUAGUCAAACGAGUAAAGUUCAAAGUGUAGCGUUACGUUUAGAAAUAGUGUUUAAAUCGAUUUGUUUUCGGGGGAGAAUAAUAUAUAGGAAAACAAGAGCAAUGAGCGAAUCGGACCACCGCAGAAGAAACCCGUUUGCUGGUGCUGCCCGGGAAGGUGACAGUCGACCUGAUGCUGGGGACGACUCCGAAGGUCACGAGAAUGAUGGCGAAAUCCUGGGCGAAGAGGUACCGUCCGCGAUGACUGAAUCGUACAGUGAAAUCGCUUACACCCACAACUUGUUCGCUGGUACAGCAGCGGAAGAAACGGACGGCGGUGCCAGCAACGGUAAUCAACCGGACGGAUCGUCAUCGUCUUCCUCCUCUUCACAGACAAAGAAACGACCCGAUUCGUUGGUGUGCGAUGGUCGGAAAGCCUCAUUUCCGUACAAUCUGGAAGGCACGGUACGGGUGGACGGUAACAUGACACACUUUGUGGCAGAAAACCUGGAGUACAAAAUAAAGCUAGCCAGUCCGGUGACGGUAACGCGAAAGGAUUCGUGCAAUCUGUCCAGCUCUCGGCAAAGCACACCAUCUGCAGCCACCGGUGGUGGGCUUAGCGGGCUAAGCUUUGUGCCCGGGACGAGUGGUGCUAAUCUAUCACUGCCCGGAAGCAGUGGUGGUGCUUACGGGCGAGGAUCGACAGCGUACGGAGGUGGAUUUGUCACCACCAACCCGGCCUCGGCAUCAUCGGUCGAUCCGAAUGUGCUGAAUGAAAUCGAGCGCGAAGCACAAGCACUGGCAGCAUCGGUCGACAAUUUGUCCGAAAGCUUGUGCAGCGUGCUGCAUUCGAUCUCCUCGAUAACGGCGGACAAUGUGGAGAUUUACAAAAACUCCGUCACGAAACUAACGGACUGCAUGGACGGUAACAUCAAGUGUAUGUACACGAUAAUGGCCAAAGCGGAGGAAAUUUCCAAAACAAUCAAACCGGCAGAAGCGCUAGCGGUGAGAAUUCGUGAAAUUAAAAGACUUGUCGAUAUGCUGGAGAGCAACGUUUAGGAAGAUGAUCCCCGUUACCGACACGUUCGAUAAGGAUUGAUCAUUCCACAAAUUGGGUAGUGUGUUAUGAGAGAUUAUUUAUUGGUAUUAACUCCGCGAAUAAUACGCAGGAGAUUGGAGCCCCUAUUUCCUGAUAGACGUCAUAAUCGCCAUUGCCACGCAAGGUGCAAACAAUAUUCC